UACAAAAUUUUAUUGUAUUUAAUGAAGUGCAUCAUACUUAUAAGACAUUUUUUGUUCUCUUAUUUCAGUGCAGAGACGACUCAUUUAGUUAAAAAUGGCUGACGUUGAUGUUGAUGUUCCCUCCGCUGCUCCAGUCAUUGGAGACAAAAUGGACAUUAAUACCGCCUUACAAGAAGUGCUGAAGAAGUCUCUCAUCGCUGAUGGUUUGGUGCAUGGUAUUCAUCAAGCUUGCAAAGCUUUAGACAAGCGUCAAGCUGUUUUGUGUAUCCUUGCUGAUUCAAUGGAUGAAGAUCUUUACAAGAAACUUGUAACCGCACUCUGCCAUGAACAUCAAAUCCCUCUCAUCCGUGUUGAUUCGCACAAGAAAUUGGGUGAAUGGUCUGGUUUGUGCAAGAUCGACAAAGAAGGCAAGCCACGCAAGGUCAGUGGAUGUGCUGUUGUGGUCAUUAAGGAUUUCGGUGAGGAGACACCUGCUUUGGAUGUUGUGAAGGAGCAUUUACGCCAAAAUAGCUAAACGCACUGUGUGUGUCCUAUUUUAAAAUAACAACAAAUAUAGUGAUUUGUGACAGUAAAUGAACACGAAAUACAAAACCCGUCGUGUUUAUUUGAGCAGUAAAGUUCUUUUAUAAAUAAAAAAUACUACAAAGUGAAAAAGAA